AUGUCUAUGAACGAAUCCGACUGUACCGUCCUACGGGAUGGCUUCCCUAGACCCUUUCCCCACACCCCUAACAAUGUCUUGGAGCAAUUCAAGAUGACUGGCAAAGUGGUUGUUGUGACUGGUGGCGCUGACGGUAUUGGCUACGCUGUUGCGGAGGGAAUGGCUGAGGCCAACGCUCAUGUUGUAUUAUGGUACAAUUCGAACGAUGUAGCCAUCCAAAGAGCCCAGGAUCUUGGGACUAAACACAAUGUCAAGACUGCUGCUUACAAAGUCGAUGUUUCCGACGCUGAGUCCGUACAAAAGACUGUAAAUAAGGUUGUCGAAGACUUUGGUAGAAUAGACGUUUUUGUCGCCAAUGCUGGAAUGGCUAUCAGCAAGCCAAUCCUAGAACAGACUCUCCCCGAAUUCGACAAGCAAAUGUCCGUGAACGUCAACGGCGUAGUCUAUUGCUCCAAAUACGUCGGCGAGGUCUUCAAGCAACAAGGCAGCGGUGUUCUCAUCAUCACUUCUAGCAUGAGCGCCCACAUAGUUAAUGUUCCUGUUGACCAACCUAUUUACAAUGGCACCAAAGCAUUCGUGACGCAUUUUGGCAAAUCGUUAGCCCGCGAGUGGAGAGAGUUUGCCCGCGUCAACAUCGUGUCUCCAGGGUUCUUCGAUACCAAGAUGGGAGCUGGUCCACUGGCACUCAACGAGGCUUAUCGCAUGUCGGUCCUCGGCAGACAAGGGCAUGUUAAGGAAAUCAAGGGCUUGUAUUUGUAUUUGGCCAGUGAUGCUUCCACUUAUACCACAGGAUCAGACAUCAUCAUUGAUGGUGGUUAUGUACUACCCUAG